AUGAGCAUAGUAGGAAAUAAUUAUAGAGGCGAUGAUAGCACAUCCGAUGACGACAUAUUAAUUGAUCACAUUAAAAAAAAUGUGUAUUCUACUAAAUUAAAUAAUACCAAAAUAAAUGAUACCAAAAUAAAUGAUACCAAAAUAAAUGAUGCCAAAAUAAAUGAUUCCAAAAUAAAUGAUAAUACAACUUGUAUACCAAAUAAAGAAAAUGUUAUAACGAAUAAUAGUAAGCCAACUGCAAAGGAAAAAUGCAGUACUAUUCGGCGUGUUGGAUCGAAAUUAAAUACAAAAGGGAAAAAUGAAGAAAAUUUAAAUGUGUGUAAAAUAAAAAAAAAACAAAAAAGUAUUAGUGCUGAUAAUGAUAAUUUAAAUUCAAAUAAUACUAUCAGUGAAGGAAAAAAGACAUUAAAACAUUUAAAAGGAUCUGUAAAGACAAAAAAAGAAACAGGUGAAAAAUCAUCGCGAGUUAAAGAAGAAAAAAAAAUAGCAAAUAAAGUAAAAAAAGAAACGAUUAAGAAACCCAAAAAGAUACCUAAAAAAUCCGAAGAAAAUUUCGAACCAAUAAAUAGAUGGUGGGAAAAAAUAGAUGAUCAAUCUGAUACACAAUGGAACUAUUUAGAGCAUAGAGGUAUUAUAUUUUCUCCUCCAUAUGUACAACACAAUAUUCCCAUUUUUUAUAAAAGUGUUAAAAUAGAAUUAAAUCCUAAAGCAGAGGAAUUAGCUACAUAUUGGUGUAGUGUAAUAGGAACGGAUUAUUGUACAAAAGAAAAGUUUAUAUUAAAUUUUUUUAAAACAUUUAUAAAUAAUUUAGAGAAGGAUAAUAUUAUAAGACGAGAAAAUGAACAUAAACUAAAGAACGGAGAUAUAUCAAAUUUUAAAUUUAUUGAUUUUAUGACAAUUAAAGAGAAUUUAAUUAAAUUAAGAGAAGAACGAUUAAAUAAAACAAAAGAAGAAAAAGAAGAAGAAAAAAAAAUUCGAAUGGAAAAAGAAUUGCCAUAUACAUUUGCAUUAGUUGAUUGGAUUCGUGAAAAAAUCUCAAGCAACAAAGCAGAACCACCUGGUUUAUUUAGAGGUAGAGGAGAGCAUCCAAAACAAGGAUUAUUAAAAAAAAGAAUUUUUCCAGAAGAUGUUGUAAUUAAUAUAAGUAAAGAUGCACCUGCCCCUCGACUCUAUGAUGAUAUGUGUGGACACAAUUGGGGAGAUAUAUAUCAUGAUAACAAAGUUACAUGGUUAGCUUAUUACAAGGAUAGUAUUAAUGAUCAAAUAAAAUACACAUUUUUAUCAGCUCAAUCAAAAUUCAAAGGAUAUAAAGAUUUUUUAAAAUAUGAAAAUGCCAGAAAGUUAAAAUCAUGCGUACAUAAAAUUAGAAAAGAUUAUCAAAAUAAAAUGAAGAGUAAAAACAUUAUUAAUAAACAAUUAGGCACAGCUGUUUAUUUAAUCGACUUUUUAGCUUUAAGAGUAGGAGGAGAAAAAGAUAUUGAUGAAGAAGCAGAUACAGUGGGUUGUUGUAGUUUGAGAGUAGAGCAUGUUAGCUUUUCUCAUAAUGUAAUUAUAAAAAAUGAAAAUACAAAUGAUGAAAAUGAUAAUAAAAUAAGCAAGAUACCGUUACCUAAAAAUUUAGAAGAUAUUUUAGAAGAUGAUUGUUACGUAACAUUAGACUUUUUAGGUAAAGAUAGUAUCAGAUAUUUCAAUACUGUAAAAAUUGAUAAGCAAGCAUAUAUUAAUAUGAUAAUAUUUUGUAAAAAUAAAAAUAAAGAUGAAGGAGUAUUUGACCAAAUAACUUGCUCAAAAUUAAAUGAAUAUUUAAAAGAAAUAAUGCCAACAUUAUCAGCAAAGGUUUUUCGUACAUACAAUGCUUCAAUUACUCUAGAUCAACAAUUAAGAAGAUUAAAGGAAAUAAAAGGAAAAAAUGACAAUUCUUUAUUAUUUUGUGAUAUUGAUAUCCGAAAAACAAAAAAAAUUAAAUUAGAAAAUGCAACAUCAUCAUCAAAUGUGUUAAGUGAUUAUAACGGUGCAUCACAUAAUGAAAAAAUUGAAAAAAAGGAAAAUGACAAUACAUCUAGUAAUGAAAAUAUGAUGAAAAAAGAAAAUGGGGAUAAUAAAAAUUCUCCAAUAGAAGUAGAUGUAUCCAAUGUUAAUGAUCUUAUUAACUUUUUUAACAAUGCUAAUAGAGAAGUUGCUAUUCUUUGUAACCAUCAAAGAAGUAUUCCAAAACAACAUGAUACAACAAUGUCUAAAAUAAAAAAGCAAAUUGAAAUUUAUAAUGAAGAUAUGCAAGAGUAUAAAAAAUAUUUACAAUAUUUAAAAAAAAAUAAUAAUGAAAAGGAAUUUACUUUUGUUUCAAAAGUUGUUACAUUAGAUGGAUCCUUACGACCAAAUAAAGUCAAAGAAAACAUGAAAGAAGAAUCAUGUAAAAAAAAACUAAUCGCCCUUAUUAAAAAGGUAGAAUUACUAGAAAAUCAAAUGAAAGUAAGAGAUGAUAAUAAAACAAUAGCAUUAGGAACUUCAAAAAUUAAUUACAUGGAUCCAAGAAUAACUGUUGCAUUUUGUAAGCAAUUCGAAAUACCAAUAGAAAAAAUAUUUAACAGAAGUCUAAGACUUAAGUUUCCUUGGGCAAUGUUUGUCACUAAAAAUUUUCGUUUUUAA